AUGAGGACAGCUGUACGGUCUCGUCGCUGCCCAUUGACCAUCGCCCGAAGCCUCGCUCGAUUCAACCCGCGUGCAUCCUUGACCCCCCCGUCGUCGCUGCUCAGCCGUCGAGCUACACGGGCCUCGACGUUGUUCGGGCACAGCGCAAAGCUACCUGCUUGGUCUGCGACGUCGUUCUGCACCAGCUGCAAGAUGAACGAAACCGGGGCAUGGGGAGCUUGGCAGGUCCAGCCAUCCAAGUUUACCCGCGCCGUCGUCGACGCCAUGAGGACGCUGUAUCCCGAGGAAUUGGCAGAUAGGUCAUGGGACAAUGUCGGUCUCCUGGUUGGCAAUUCAGAAGCUGAGGGCAGGCAGCCCAAGGUUCUGGUGACAAACGAUCUCACCUGGCAGGUCGCCGCGGAUGCGAUUGGCCAAAAUGUCAGCGUCAUUGUGAGCUACCUACUUUUAACAUGGCAGCCCCAAGAUCCGUUCAUAUUCUCUGGGCUCAAGUCCAUCACCAAUGACGACCCCCAGCAAGCGACACUGUUACGUCUGGCCCAGGCCGGAGUGGCUGUCUACUGCCCUCACACGGCGGUCGACGCGGCCCCCAAGGGAUUAAACACUUGGCUCGCAGACAUUGUAGCUGGUCCGCACGCAAGCAGGCGCUCCGUGGCUGUUCCCUGCCCGGCAGCCCCUGAAUCUCACUCCCCAGCGGGCUACGGCGCCGUGGGCCACUUUGAAGCCCCUGUUUCUCUGGCCGAGAUUCUCAGGCGUUUGGCUUCUGAGCUCGGUGGUCUGAAAUACGUCAUGGUUGCCAGCCCUGUAGGCGCGGACAUGAAGACCGCCACGGUGGGAAGCUUUGGCGUCUGCGCGGGCAGUGGCUAUGACGUCCUGAAGAAGGCAGACGUCGACUUGUUGGUCACGGGGGAAACGAGCCACCAUUCGGCGUUGAGGGCCAUCCAGCAAGGAAGAACAUUGGUGCAAGUGUUUCAUAGUAAUUCGGAGAGGGGCUACUUGCAAAAGUUUCUCGGGCCAAUGUUGGAAGAACAGCUAAAGAAGGCCGUUCCAGAAGCUCAAGUGGUCUUGAGCCAGUUUGACAAGGAUCCUUUUACCAUUUACAACGUCGACCAUCUAGGUUAG